AGCUAUUAACACAUGAAUCAGAGCGGGCUGUUUAGAAGACUGAAAGAUUCAAACUCUUAGAAGCAGAAGCUGCCUGAGAAUGGUUGAAUGACAAUAAUUAUUCACUUUUGACCUCACAAGUACUGGGUAAUCGGGGCUAUUUGUGAUUGUCAAGAGCAGCAACGGCUGCAGGUCAAAGCUUGUGCCAAGAGGGUCUUCGUCUCGAAGGUGCCUGUCUCAAAGGUGCAAGUUGCAUCAUCGCCUACUAUCACCACAAAGAGCCGCUAUCAGCCACGGCCAUUCAGGACAACAAUACAUCACAAUAUUCAGCAUGACGUCCAGCCGCAUCGUCGCGUCCGAGAAAUCCAUCCUGGAGAAGGACGACUCCAUCGGAGCCAGCCCAGCCGCGGGCGAAAAAUCCAACAUCUCCCCAGCGGUUCCCACCGAUGUUAUCCUCAAGCUCCUCGCCUUCACUCUGGCCAUGGUAGUGGUGCCGCUUGGAUCCUACUAUGCAAGCGUGAACACGCUCUUCGGGGGCAAUUCAACGUACGCAGGCGCAAUGGCAGCUAUCAUGGCAAACGUUGUGCUCAUUGGCUACGUCAUCGUUGCUUACAACGAGGACCAGUCUGAUCGGCUGGAGUUAGAGGCGAAGGAGGACACAAAGAAGGAGCGCUAGUGUCAUUGGGGCGGUCGGCAGUUGCUUAUUCUGAUUUCGCCAUGGUGGCAAGGCUACCGCAGUUGUCUCUGCAAAGUCAAUUCAUCCUAUUCAUAUUUGAAUGUGGAGAAUCGAGCGUAAAGUGCCAAACGGGCGAAAAUGCUUGCAUAUGUAGUGAGUGAAUUGAGUACUUCAUACAUCA